AUGAUUCAACCUAGCUCAGCAGACGACUUCGUUCUGACCCUAUCAGACAAUGAAGCUCUGUCGUUGAGCGAGUCAGAAAGCGACGAGUUGCAGGCAACGGCACUUGCUACAGGCACGAAGCGAAAACGGGACGAACCUACGAAGACUGCAAAGCAAAACAAGAGGCAAAAAUCUCAGUUGAACAAACAGUCAAAGCUUGAACAUGUGCCGUCGGAAUCGCUUUCCGAUAGCGAAGGCGAACAGGGCGUCCAGGACGGUGCUAUCGACCCGGAUUUCGAGUUCGACUUUGGCGCAAGUGCAGUCUUGGAAGAUCUAGAAGAAUUUGACGGAUGGGGCGAGAGCAAGACACCCAGAACGAGUGGCGAUGGCAAGAAGAAGGGUGUGGACAUUGAUGAGAUUAUUGCUCGCCGUGCCGCGAAGAAACUCAAGCCUCAGGAAACUCGGAGUGCCGAGCAAGAACGGGACGACUCGGCCUCAGAGGACGGCUCUCUCGGGGACGACGAUGACGAUGAAGAAAUUGACAUACCGGACUUUGAUGACGACGAGCUUCUCGCACCAGACACCUUUGGGGCGAAUGUGGCCUCGGACGAUGAGGGAGAAGACUCGGACAAGGAGGUCUCGGAAGAGGAAGCAAACCAAGAUGAAGGUGCUUCCGACGAUGACUCAGUCGCUUCACCGACUGCCCAUCCUGAUGACCUUGCCUCUGACCAGUCCGACGCCGAUUCAGAUACGUCGACCUCUGAUCCAGAGGAGCAGGCGAAACGAGCCGCAUUUUUCGCUCCUGAGGACAAGGAGGCGACAGCACUUAGUCAAGCUACAGCGUCAUUCCAACAGUUCUCCUUGUCGAGACCGAUUUUGAAAGCCCUAGCGGCACUCUCCUUCACUGCACCCACCCCUAUUCAAGCCCGUGCCAUUCCUGUCGCAUUGCAGGGCUUGGACGUGGUUGGUUCCGCUGUGACGGGUUCUGGAAAGACUGCAGCCUUCUUACUUCCCAUUCUUGAACGUCUCCUUUACCGUCCAAGGAAAGUUCCUACAACUCGAGUAGCCAUUCUGAUGCCAACGCGUGAACUGGCAGUUCAGUGUUAUAACGUUGCCACCGCCCUCGCACGGUUCACGGAUAUUACAUUUGCGCAGGUGGUUGGAGGCUUCUCCUUGCGAGAGCAGGAGGCAAUUCUCAAGAAACGACCCGAUGUGGUCAUCGCUACGCCGGGCAGAUUCAUUGACCACAUGCGCAACUCCGCCAGCUUUGCGGUGGAGAAUAUCGAAAUCCUAGUGCUGGAUGAAGCAGAUCGCAUGUUGGAAACUGGAUUCGAAGAUGAGCUGAAUGAGAUCUUGAAAACAAUCCCAAAGGGCCGGCAAACCAUGCUGUUCUCUGCAACUAUGACCGACAGUGUUGACAAACUUGUCCGGGUCGGAAUGAAUCGACCGGUACGGCUUUCAGUGGAUGCAAAGAAAAGCACAACGGCAGGCCUGGUGCAGGAGUUUGUUCGUCUGCGACCAGGCAGAGAGAGCACAAGGCUGGCGACCCUUUGCACAUUGUGCAAAAACUUCUUUACCGAGCGUACCAUAAUUUUCUUCCGGCAGAAGAAAGAAGCCCACCGAGUCCGCAUUGUUUUCGGACUGCUGGGCCUCAAGGCCGGUGAACUUCACGGGAGCAUGACACAAGAGCAGCGUAUCAGCGCGGUCAACGCGUUCCGCGAAGGCAAGACCACGCACCUCCUGGCGACGGAUUUGGCAAGUCGAGGUCUGGAUAUCAAGAACGUCAUGACGGUGGUGAAUUAUGAAGCGCCCCAAUCCCACGAAAUCUACGUCCAUCGUGUUGGCCGUACAGCUCGUGCGGGUCGCUCUGGCCGGGCUUGCACCAUCGCUGCGGAACCAGACCGGAAGGUCGUGAGAGCGGCAGUGAAGAGUGCAAGGCAGCAGGGUGCCAAGGUGGUAUCUCGGGCGAUGGAUGUGACAGAGGUCGAUGCCAUGAAAGCACAGAUAGAGGCAAUGGAGUCCGAGAUUGAGGAUAUUCUCAAGGAAGAAAAGGAGGAGAAACAGCUUGCCCAAGUUGAAGUACAGCUGACUCGCGGUGAGAAUAUUGUCAAGCACGAGGCUGAGAUCUUGGCGCGGCCAAAGCGGACAUGGUUCGAGACCGAAAAAGACAAACGCGAGGCCAGCGCCAGAGGCCUUUUGGAGUUGAAUGGCCCCAACGGUGUCGUGAAAGUCAAGGGCGAAAAAAGAAAACUGAGUAACAAGGAUAAGAAGCGGCUCGACGACAAGAGGGAGAGAGUGGAAGGAAAGAUGUGGCGCAAGGGCAAGGGUAGCGAGACGGCAGCAAAGAAGGAGAGAAUAGAGCGGAAAAGCGGAAAGUCCAAGAACAAAGUAAACUCCAAAGUGGGAGGAGGAAAACGGAAGAGAUAG